CAGCUACUGCUUUCUCCUGUGCUGCAAGUAAAUCAAGAAUUGAUGCUCAAGAUCCUAUCUUUGUGAUACUUAAACCCUAAUUUUCCCGGCAAAAUCACCCCCCAAUUCCCAUGGCAAAUGCUUGGAAAAAAGACAAACCCACUAAAAUCCUCACCUCCAAAACCCUAAUUCUCUUCUCCUCCACUUUUCUGAUCCUCCUCACAUACCUUUACCUCACAUUCCACGCUUCAAAUCCAAACCCUAGUUUCCACUCCAAAACCCUAAUUCACAGCCCCUCAAUUCAGCCCUUCGAUUGCUACAAUUCACCUCAAGCUCACCCUGUCAUUGCCAGCGUUGUUGAGGGACUCAAAUACCCUUUUCUUUAUUCACUCUCUGAUUUCGGAACUUUGCCCGAAAAGCCUCACAAGAACAUUGUUAGGAUCUUGAAAGGGAAAAUGUUUCGAAAGCCCGAUAUAUCGGGCACGGUGCAGGAUUAUUUGGAGGAGAAGAAGGGGGAGGGAGAAAUGGGGGUGUUUGUUGAUGUUGGUGCUAAUGUGGGUAUGGCUUCGUUUGCGGCUGCGGUUAUGGGGUUUAGAGUUUUCGCAUUUGAGCCUGUGUUUGAGAAUUUGCAGAGGAUAUGCGAGGGGGUGUAUUUUAAUCGGGUUAAGGAUUUGGUUACUGUUUUUGAAGCGGCCGCGUCUGAUCGAGUUGGGAAUAUUACUUUUCAUAAGUUGGUUGGUCGGCUUGACAAUAGUGCAGUUUCAGCCUCUGGUGCAAAGUUGGCUUUUAAAUCCAAUGAGGAGAUUGCCAUUCAAGUAAGGACUAUUCCACUUGAUGAAGUCAUUCCAGAAUCUGUACCCGUUAUUCUUCUUAAAAUAGAUGUCCAGGGAUGGGAAUAUCAUGUACUUAAAGGAGCUACAAAGUUGUUAUCAAGGAAGAAAGGGGAAGCCCCAUUUUUAAUAUACGAGGAAGACGAAAGACUGUUGCAAGCCAGCAACAGUACAUCCAAAGAAAUUAGAGAGUUCCUGCAUAGUGUGGGUUACCAUCAUUGUACGCAGCAUGGUACUGAUGCCCAUUGCACCAAAAUGGAUUAAGUUCAUACCAAUUAUUGCUUCAGACUACCAUAAGUCCAUGAUCUGUGUAUAACUUAGCCACUGAAAUCAAUUUUUGUCCUUGUUGAUGCUACUGUCAGAGUUUCAGCUGGUUGAAUGAUGAUUGACCAUGGCAUACAGUAUAUUCCUUCGACCUUGCUGAUGCCACGAGAGGACUGUUGAUAGCUAUGUUGGACCAAAAAGAUUCAGCCACAAAUGAUUAAAACCUUGUAGGCUGUAGAUGGGCGGCCUUCUACGACAUUUUUGGGUAUUUUCAAUUCUGUUUAUAGCGGAUUGACAACUCUUACAUAGAAUUAAAUUAUGCAUUUUGCCAUUUGUUCAAGAUUUUACGGUUCCCGCAUUGAACAAUAGUAUGGUGUAAUGUUCUCUUCACAUAAAUAAUAAUAUGGUGUAAGAUUUUACAGAAUUAUAUUAUUAAUAUUAUAUUAACUUUUAUA